AUGGGAAGGCCAAAACCAGAUAACUCAAUUCGACAUUUCAGCCAUCCACAUCCACUGUUCCACACAUCCCUCAAUCCACAAGAUCGUUCUUCUUCCUCUUGUUGCGUGGUUUGCAAGCUAAAACUCCUCAGUCUUCCUUCAUACACAUGUAAACCCUGUAACUUCCACAUACACCUAAAAUGUUCCGAGUUACCUCAAAAAAUCAGACACCCUUUCGACAAGAACCAUCUCCUCUCUCUGAUCCCGACUCCCAAAUACCAAGAAGGACGAUUCCGCUGCGACGCUUGCGGAAAAGACGGUGACGGAUUCGCUUACCAUUGCGGAGAUUGCGGAAUCGAUCUUCACACGGUUUGUGCCAACAUGCCUUCUCGAGUCACGCACCAGUCUCACCCUCACCACCAACUUUCUCUAACGUUUUCCGUUCUGCCGCCGGGCGAAGCCAGAUCCGCUGCUACGGCGGUCAGCUUCCGCUGCAGCGUCUGCGGAGGUCUCGGGUGUGAUUCAUGGCUCUAUAGCUGCAAAGAGUGUGGUGGAUUCGAUGCUCAUUUGUUGUGUGCUAGAAGAAAACUAGCUACUCCAACAAGUUUGGUCAAACAUGGUGUAAACCGGACGCAACCGCAGUUUAUCGCUACGACGCCGUUUGUCAAUGUUCCUAGUCCGGUUAUCAAUAAUCCGUUUCCUUUGGUCGUGCCCACGACGAGUCCUGUGAUUAGACCUAUGAUUACUGAGAUGAUUAAUAAUCUUGUAAACAAUACGCCGCAAAAUCCAAGCCAAGUCUCUCAGCUUCUUGAUUUGCUCGGACCAAUGGGAAUGGGCGGUGGUGGACCGGUUGAUGGAUCCGGUUCAUCUGCGUCUUCCGGUUUUCUCGGGUUCGAUCCGUCGGUUUUCUCAUCUGUUGACCCGUCGGUGUUUGCUGGAUUUGAUCCUUCCUUGCUUUCUACGUUGUUCUCCGGACUUGAUUUUUUAUCCUAA